CUUCAAAUAACCUGAAGCCACAAAACAGAGAACAAAACUCGAGGGAGGAGGGAAAAUAAAUUUGUGAGAGAAUAUACGACCAAAUGGUGAGAGGGAUGAGAAAAAAUAGGUGUACUCGAUUAAAUUUUUCUUUUUAGCCCCCAAAAAUAUAUUCCCAAUUCUAUUCCCUCUCGAAAUUUGGAGUACCAAAGCCAAAUCAAAUGAAAGAAUGACCGGGAAAAAAUUAUGCAGAAAUAAAAGCUUUUUAAUGUCCUAUUUAAUUAAAACUACCUAAUUAAUAUGAAUGGACGAUAUGGUUUAUUUUCCCCGAAUAAUAUUAGUAUCGAUAAAUAUCUACUUAUAUUUUAACACAGAACUAGCUUAGGAGCCAAAGCAAUAAACCUAACGAACUGCCAAGAGCGGGAACAAGGAUUUUCGAAAUGGUAAAAUGCCGCCAUUCCUUCUCUGCCCAUAAGCUUCAUAAACAAACAAACAGGCCCUCUCUGUAAAUCUCAAUCAUGGACGAGCAAGAAAACAGCGUGAGCACCACGCUUUCGUCCAAUAAGCGACCUUCAAUGUCUCCGUCCCUGCAAAUUCCAGCUCCCAAGAAGCGAGUCGUGUUGGGUGAGAUCUCCAACUCGACAAACGACGUCGUUUCCACUCAGAACUGGGCUCCGAAGAAACCCAAGAGUAGCUUGAAGAAGAAGAAGAAGAAGAAGACGACGAAAGAGGAAGGGGAGGCCCUCAAGACUGAAAUCGUUGUGAGAUCCGUUGAUCCACGCAAGUCUGAUUACUCGUCUUCUAUAUAUAGCCAUCUUCUUUCAUUGGAGAUGGAUAUGAACAAGAGGUCUUCACCCAGUUACAUGGGUAGGGUUCAAAAUGAUAUAUCACCAAACAUGCGAGAAAUCCUGGUGGAUUGGUUGGUGGAGGUUGCUGAGGAAUACCAGCUUGUUACAGACACCCUCUUUCUAACUGUAUCAUAUAUUGACAGAUACCUGUCUUCAUAUGCUAUCAGCAGGAACAAGUUACAGCUUCUUGGUGUUGCUUGCAUGCUCGUUGCAUCAAAGUAUGAGGAGAUUUGUCCUCCACGUGUUGAAGACUUCUGCUAUAUAACAGAUAAUACCUACAUCAUGGAAGAGGUGUUGGAAAUGGAGAGGGAUGUACUCAAAUUCUUGAACUUCGAUACUGGUCCUCCCACAACAAAGAAUUUCCUCAGAAUCUUAACGAGAGCUGCCUUGGAGAACUCCAAAUCUUCUAAGACGCAAUUGGAAUUCUUGAGUUGUUAUCUUGUGGAGCUAAGUUUGCUAGACUACAGUUGUGUCCAGUUCCUACCAUCAGUAGUUGCUGCAUCAGCUAUUUUCCUUUCGAGGUUCACGAUCCAACCUGAGGUGCAUCCUUGGAGCCUGGCAUUGCAAUCAUAUUCAGGUUAUAGACCAUCCGACUUAAAGAUUUGUGUCCGUGCCAUUCAUGACUUGCAGUUGAAUAUAAAAGGAAGCUCUUUGCGAGCAGUAAGGGAUAAAUACAGGAAGCCAAAGUAUGCGUGCGUGGGAACAUUGACUUCGUUACCUGAAAUUCCUGCAAUUUAUUUUGAGGCCAUCGACAUACAAGUAUUUUCAGGAUUCUGAAAGAAGCUGAUUUUGAAGUUUGACCUAGCUGUCAAGAAUUACUUUCAACAAAUUACAUUUCUAGUAAGAGUUAGGGACUGAUCAACUUGAAGCUGGUAGAUGAAUGGUGCCUAAAGUCAAUGCUUGCUUAGAAUUUAGAUGCAGAGACACCUAUGACCUCAGGUUUGGAGUUGACUUUUGGAUACUGAAUAGGAUUUUGAGAAUCAUUAUGUUUCACUGGGUUCAUUCUCUGGACCCAAAUAUUUGUAAAUUGCUAUGUGAAAUAAAGGAUUAUAUAUUUUUUAGGCAUAUCAAUUUUUUCUAA